GUUCAUAUGGCUAGUAUGCAAGAGAAGAAAGCUAUUUGGUGGAGAGAGACGGCUAUAACGGGAAUGUGUAUCUUGUCUUGGUACAUUUUCGCUACUUUACUCUCACUAUAUAACAAAUGGAUGUUCUCUCCUCAAUACUAUGGUUUCGGAUUUCCCUUAUUCGUCACUGGUUGGCAUAUGGUAGUACAGUUCAUAUUGGCAGCUACGAUUCGUUGGACUAUACCUAGAUACCGACCUAUUGAAAGACCAACGAGGAGACAAUACGUAAUGAAAAUCGUACCUACCGCUGCAUCCACAGGAGCUGAUAUCGGUCUCUCUAACCUCGCUUUGAAAUUCAUAACCUUGAGUCUUUACAGCGAGUCCUCCAUGUGUAAAUCCUCUACCCUCAUUUUCGUUCUAGGAUUCGCUUUUCUGUUCCGAUUAGAAUCUUACUCCCUACGACUCAUAGCCGUCAUCUCCUUAAUCUCAUUCGGUGUCUUCUUGAUGGUCUUCAAUACCACCUCCGUUUCCAUCCCCGGAAUAAUCAUGACUUUUUCCGCCUCUGCUCUGGCCGGUCUUCGCUGGGCUUUAACAGAGACGUUAAUGCAUAAGAAAAGUAUGGGAUUAAGUAAUCCUUUCGCUACUAUCUUCUGGUUGGCUCCUCUCAUGGCAAUCACGUUGGCUUUGGUCAGUAUGAUCGUCGAGGGUUGGGCGACCAUUUGGUAUAGUGGUGCCUUCGAUGGAUGGAGUUCAGUGGGUACUAUGGGAGUUAUCUUGUUACCAGGGUGUAUCGCUUUUGCUAUGGUAGCAAGCGAAUAUUUUAUAAUACAAAGAGCAGGUAUCGUACCGAUGAGCGUAGCUGGAAUCGUAAAAGAAGUCACUACUAUCUCCAUCUCCGCAUGGGUGUUCGGUGAUCAACUUACUGAAUUAAACAUUAUCGGAGUAGUCGUGACUGUUUGUGGUAUCGCACUCUACUCUUAUCACAAAUACCAAAAAUCCAUUUCAGCACCACUAGCAGUCGACUUACACGGUCAUGCCAUCCCACUCGAUCCAUCUUCCCAUUCACAUAAUUACUCCUCUUUGAGUACCGAAACAGCCCCUUUGCGUCGGUCUAUCGCCCUCGGUGCAUUGGAAGGGGAAUAUAGUCUGGACAAUUCCAAAUUUGAGACGGGAGAGACAAACGAAGAUGGUCAUCCUUAUCCUCCUGUAUCCAUUGAUCGAUCUCGACAAAGCGAAGAAGAGGGAGAAAGAACACAAAGAUUGCGAGACGACUUCGAAGGGUAUAACGAUCAUUUAUAUGAAGAGGAGGAAGGUGAGGAUGAUGGUGUUGAGGUAGAAGAAGUACGUAGAGUAAGUUGGUGGGAUAGACCUAUGUGAAGUAUCCGAGACAUCCAUCUAGAUAGCAUUGAUUGUGUAUAGACUUUUGAACAAGGUGUGUAUUUUGUG